GCUUGGAGUUGGGUCCUGUGCGUCCAUCGCUUGAAACGGCGGCUCCCUUGUUUUGAAAAACUUUCGAGAAGAAGGUCAGAAUGGUCCAGAAAAUACUGAAUAAAUUCGUUGGCGCGAAGUAUGUCUCUAUUCUGAGGACGUGGGUACCAAAUUUGGUUACUUGGGGAACAGUUGGCGGCGUGGCGCUCAUUCACUUCACCGACUGGCGGUUAAUUCUAGACUAUGUGCCAUACGUUAAUGGGAAGUUCAAGAAGGACGAAUAGAGUGAGACGAUGACCAAGGCUUUGGGCGCAGGGAUGGAUUCCUUUCACAACGCGAGCUGAUGUAGGAUUGCCCUGUCUCUGCAGGAUGCGCUCUAUUAAAAAGCUUAUUCUGAGCCAGUGUUAUGAGAUGUGAAUAAAUCGUUAAUUUAUCCUAA